AUGGAUAAUAUUAUAUUGAAGCAUACAAUAUUCCACAUUUUGGCUUUUAUACUGUUUCUAUCAUUGAAGCCUGCUAUUUCUUCUAGAGAUAGCCAAUGGGGUUUUGGGAGGAAAUUGGGCUCUGUGAAUAAUGGUGAUCUUGUGACCAAUUUGCCUGGCCAGCCUCCUGUAGAUUUCCAGCACUACGCUGGAUAUGUUACAGUCAAUGGAACCAAUGGAAGAGCACUCUUUUAUUGGUUCUAUGAGGCCAUGACUAAGCCUGAAGACAAACCAUUGGUGCUGUGGCUUAAUGGAGGUCCUGGAUGCUCUUCUGUGGGAUAUGGAGCGACACAGGAAAUUGGCCCAUUUUUAGUGGACACCAAUGGCAAGGGCCUUAAAUUAAAUAAUUUCUCUUGGAACAAAGAAGCCAACAUGUUAUUCCUGGAAUCUCCUGUUGGAGUUGGCUUUUCCUACUCAAAUACAACCAGUGAAUAUGCACAACUGGGAGAUGACUUCACAGCUAAUGAUGCUUACACUUUUCUGCACAAUUGGUUCCUCAAAUUUCCAUCAUAUCGAACUAGGACAUUUUACAUAGCAGGGGAAAGCUAUGCAGGAAAGUAUGUACCGGAGCUGGCUGAACUCAUCCACGAUAGGAACAAGGACCCUUCCCUUCAUAUUAAUCUCAAGGGCAUUUUGCUGGGAAAUCCUCAAACAUCUGAUGCUGAGGAUUGGUUAGGUUUGGUUGAUUAUGCUUGGAGUCAUGCAGUGAUAUCUGAUGAGACUCACAAAACAAUCAGAAGAAGUUGUGACUUUAACAGCAAUGAUCCAUGGAGUAAUAAAGAUUGUAAUGAAGGAGUGGCCGAAGUAAUGAAACAGUACAACGAAAUUGAUAUCUACAGCCUCUACACUUCUGUCUGCUUUGCCAGUACAGCGCGUGCAAACGAUCAAUCUAUGCAAACGCCAAAGCGUUUAUCUAAAAUGAUGCCUAGGAUCAUGGGUGGUUAUGAUCCAUGUCUAGAUGACUAUGCUAAAGUUUUUUAUAAUAGACCGGAUGUUCAGAAGGCCCUCCAUGUCAGUGAUGGUCACAAUCUGAAGAAUUGGAGUAUUUGCAACAACGACAUAUUUGAGGGCUGGGCACAAUCAAAGCCUUCUGUUAUCCCAAUUUACAGGAAGCUUAUUUCAGCAGGACUUAGGAUUUGGGUUUACAGUGGAGACACUGAUGGUAGGGUGCCAGUGCUGUCCACAAGAUACAGCUUAAAAAUUCUAGAUUUGCCUAUCACUAAGCGAUGGAGGCCUUGGUACCAUAAAAAGGAGGUUAGUGGGUGGUAUCAAGAAUAUGAGGGCCUUACAUUUGCGACAUUUCGAGGAGCUGGCCAUGCAGUGCCUAGUUUUAAACCAAGCAACUCACUGGAAUUCUUCUCCUCCUUCCUUCUUGGAGAAUCCCCACCGUCUACGAAAUAAGAAUCAAGACUGUGAUAUUGGGUAGUCUUUGUG